AUGCAAGGAAGGGCCAACAAAGCCAAAAAGGAGUUGGUGAUAGAGAGUCCGCAGCGGUAUAAGACGUCUCCCAUAACAGAAGUGGAGGAGGAUGCAGUGCCACAGGUGAAGCCAAAGAUGAUCGAGCCGCUGGACUAUGAGAACGUGCUGGUGCAGAGGAAGACCCAGAUCCUCAGUGAUGUCCUCCGAGACAUGCUGCAGUUCCCUCUGGAAGACUUUGAAAUCUCCACUUUGAGGCGGCAAGGAAGGACUGUUUUUUCAACCGUGCCUGAAAAAGCAGAGAGAGAAGCUCAAAGCCUGUUUGUCCAAGAGUGCAUAAAGACUUACAAGUCUGACUGGCAUGUUGUCAACUACAAGUAUGAGGACUAUUCCGGCGACUUCAGACAGCUGCCUGUCAAAGUAUCCAGACCUGACAAACUGGCCGUUCAUGUCUUUGAGGUGGACGAGGAUGUUGACAAAGAUGAGGACACCACCUCCUUAGGGUCUCAGAAGGGCGGGAUCACCAAACAUGGCUGGCUUUACAAAGGCAACAUGAACAGUGCCAUCAGCGUUACCAUGCGGUCCUUCAAGCGCCGGUAUUUCCAUCUAACCCAGUUGGGAGAUGGUUCCUAUAACCUCAACUUUUACAAGGAUGAGAAAAUCUCCAAAGAGCCCAAAGGAACCAUAUUUCUUGACUCCUGUAUGGGUGUAGUGCAGAAUACCAAAGUCAAGAGGUUUGCCUUUGAGCUGAAGAUGCAGGACAAGAGCACGUACUUACUGGCGGCGGAAGGGGAAGGGGAGAUGGACGAGUGGAUCAAUACCCUCAACAAGAUCCUCCACAGCAGCUUCGAGAUCGCCAUGCAGGAAAAGAGAAACGGGGACCUCCACGACGAUGAUGAUCUUGGAAAGUCUGACAGUUCCUCUGGCAGCAUGGACAGCUUCCAGAGCUCCAGAGACAUAGAGAAUAGACUGCGGAACGAGACACGGUUGAAGCUUUUCACACUGGACCCAGACACACAGAAACUAGAUUUCUCAGGAAUUGAACUAGACGUGAAGCAGUUUGAAGAGAAGUUUGGCAAACGCGUCCUGGUGAACUGCAACGACCUCUCCUUUAACCUGCAGAGCUGUGUGGCCGAGAACGAGGAGGGUCCCACCACCAACGUGGAGCCUUUCUACAUCACGUUGUCCCUGUUUGACAUCCAAAAUGGGCGGAAGAUCUCAUCUGACUUCCACGUAGACUUGAAUCACCCGUCGGUGAGAGGCAUGCUGCCCAGUAACACCAGUCAGUACAUAAACGGCGGCGGGGACAUCCAUACUGAGGUGCGCCUGGUCCACGGAGUCCCAGAGACCGUCAUGCAGUAUCCCAGACAGGGAGUUUUCUCGGUCACAUGCCCACAUCCAGACGUCUUUUUAGUGGCGAGAAUAGAGAAAGUUCUUCAAGGAGGAAUCAACCACUGCGCUGAGCCCUACAUGAAGAACUCAGACUCCACAAAGGUGGCACAGAAGGUUUUGAAAAAUGCCAAACUCGCAUGCAGCCGAUUAGGACAGUACAGGAUGCCUUUUGCCUGGGCAGCGAGGCCUCUGUUUAAAGACGCUUCAGGAACGCUGGAUAAAGGCGCUCGCUUCUCCGCGCUUUACAGACAAGACGCAAACAAACUGAGCAACGACAACAUGCUCAAACUGCUGGCAGACUUCAGAAAACCGGAGAAGAUGGCCAAGCUGCCUGUAAUCCUUGGAAAUCUUGACGUUACCAUUGACAACGUGGCCCCGGAUUCGACGAAUUGCGUUACCUCAUCCUUCAUUCCCGUGAAGCAGUUUGAUGUCAGCGAGAAGGCCACCAUUUUCUUUGAAGUGGAGGAGUUUAUUCCCUGCUUAGCCAAAUGUUCCCAGCCCUUUACAAUCUACAGCAAUCACCUCUACAUCUACCCAAAGUACCUGAAGUAUGACGGCCAGAAAUCAUUCGCAAAGGCGAGAAACAUAGCAGUAUGCAUUGAGUUUAGAGAUUCAGAUGAGGAAGACGCUGUGUCGCUAAAGUGCAUCUAUGGCCGACCGGGAGGGCCGCUGUUUACCAAAAAUGCCUUCGCUGCAGUGUUGCACCACCAGCAAAACCCAGAGUUUUACGAUGAGUUUAAAAUUGAGCUUCCAACUCAGCUCCAUGAGAAACACCACUUGCUCUUCACCUUCUACCACAUCAGCUGUGAGAGCAACAGCAAGGCCAGCACCAAAAAGAGGGAACUUGUCGAAACUCAAGUGGGUUACGCCUGGCUCCCGUUGCUGAGAGAUGGCCGUGUGAUCAUGAACGAAAGCCACAUCCCAGUCGCUGCCAACCUCCCCCCUGGAUACCUCAGCUGCCUGGAGGGGGCCAAGCACACAAACUCAGAGGUCAAAUGGGUGGAUGGAGGAAAAACACUAUUCAGGAUAUCAGCUCACUUAGUUUCUACAAUCUACACUCAGGAUCAACAUUUGCACAAUUUCUUUCAUCACUGUCAGAGCCAUAAAUCUGCAUCCCCGGUCUCAGGAGGACAAUUAGUAAAAUACCUAAAGAGUCUACAUGCAAUGGAGGCUCAUGUAAUGAUCAAGUUCCUGCCCACCGUCUUGAAUCAGCUGUUCCGGGUGCUGACCACUGCCACCCAGGAGGACGUGGCUGUCAACGUGACCAGGGUCAUGAUUCAUAUCGUCGCCCAGUGCCAUGAGGAAGGCUUGGAUCAUUACUUGAGAUCUUAUGUGAAGUACGUAUUCAAGACUGAGCCAUUCACGUCAGCCAACGACAGAACCAUCCACGAGGAGCUGGCCAAAGCCAUGACGGCCAUCUUGAAACCCUCCACUGACUUCCUCACAAGCAACAAGCUGCUGAAGUACUCCUGGUAUUUCUUUGAAGCUCUGGUGAAGUCCAUGGCUCAGUAUUUGAUUGAGAGCUCUAAGGUGAAGCUUUCGAGAAAUCAGCGUUUUUCUGCACCCUUCCAUCACACUGUGGAAACUCUGGUCAAUAUGAUGAUGCCACAUAUCACCCAGAAAUACAAAGACAACCUGGAUGCAGCCAGAAACGCCAACCACAGCCUCGCCGUCUUCAUCAAGAGAUGUUUUAAUCUCAUGGACAGAGGCUUUAUCUUCAAGCAAAUCAACAAUUACAUGAACUGUUUUGUGCCCGGAGACCCGAAGACGCUGUUUGAGUUCAAGUUUGACUUUCUCCGCGUAGUGUGCAACCAUGAACACUAUGUGCCACUGAACUUACCCAUACCGUUUGGAAAAGGAAGGAUAAUGAGAUUUCAAGACUUCCAGCUGGACUACUCUCUAACAGACGACUUCUGUAAAAACCACUUCCUGGUGGGACUGCUUCUGCGUGAGGUCUGUGCGGCGCUGCAGGAGUUCAGGGAAAUCCGUCAGAUCUCGAUCCAUGUGCUGAAGAACCUGAUGAUCAAACACACUUUUGAUGACCGCUACACCUCCAAGAGCCAACAAGCCAGACUGGCCACGCUUUACCUCCCCUUGUUCGGCCUGCUUCAGGAGAGCGUCAACAGGCUCAAUGUGAUAGACGUUUCCCCCUGUAUCGUCAAUCAUUCUAACAAUAACGGGAAAGAGGAGUCUGUCUUCACAAAUGCUAUGACGACCCCUCCCAGAUCCAGCACAUUUAUGGACACCAGUUUGCACAAAGAUGUUUUUGGAGCCAUCUCUGCAGCCUCACCUCACACCGCGUCCACUCCCAAUAUUUCCCUGGUUCGAAAUGCAGAUUCCCGAGGAUCUCUCAUCAGCACCGACUCUAUGAACAGUCUGCUGGAGCGGAGCAACGAUAAAAGCAACUCACUAGACAAGAACCAGAACACAGCCUCAGUAGGAAACCCGCUCUUGAGAGGCGACAAACUGGAUCAGACGGAGAUCAAGAGCCUGCUCAUGUGCUUCCUGCAUGUGCUGAAGAGUAUGUCUGAAGAUGCUCUGUUCACGUACUGGAACAAAGCCUCUGCUGCUGAUCUGAUGGACUUCUUCACCUUGUUAGAAAUAUGCCUUCAUCAGUUCAAAUACAUGGGGAAGAGAUACAUAGCAAGGAACCAGGACGGGGCAGGACCUGUAGCACAUGAGCGCAAGUCUCAGACCCUCCCUGUGUCCCGUAACAGAGCAGGAGUGAUGCAUGCGCGUUUACAGCAGCUCAACAGUCUGGACAACUCCUACACUUUCAACCACACGUAUAGUCACUCAGAUGCAGAUGUGUUAAACCAGUCGCUCCUGGAGGCCAACAUUGCCACUGAGGUCUGCCUUACUGUCCUGGACACACUCAGCGUCUUCAUCAUGGGGUUCAAGACACAGCUAUGCUCAGACCAUGGCCACAGUCCACUUAUGAAGAAGGUUUUUGAAGUUCACCUCUGUUUUUUGAGGAUCAACCAAUCAGAAACUGCACUGAAACAAGUCUUUACCUCUCUGCGCACUUUCAUUUAUAAGUUUCCCUGCACUUUCUUUGAAGGGCGUGCAGACAUGUGUGCCGCUUUCUGCUAUGAAAUCCUCAAGUGUUGCAACUCCAAGCUGAGCUCUAUACGCAGCGACGCGGCUCAUCUGCUCUAUUUCCUGAUGAAGAGCAACUUUGACUACACCGGCCGCAAGUCUUUUGUCCGAACGCACUUACAGGUGGUGAUAGCUGUCAGUCAGCUGAUCGCAGAUGUCAUUGGAAUAGGAAGCACCCGGUUCCAGCAAUCGUUGUCAAUUAUUAAUAACUGCGCCAACAGUGACAAAACUAUCAAGAACACAGCUUUCCCAUCGGACGUAAAGGACUUGACUAAGCGCAUCAGGACAGUGCUGAUGGCAACAGCGCAGAUGAAGGAGCACGAGAGAGACCCAGAGAUGCUGGUGGACCUGCAGUACAGUCUGGCCAAGUCCUAUGCCAGUACUCCAGAGCUGCGUAAGACCUGGUUAGACAGCAUGGCCCGCAUCCACGUGAAGAACGGAGAUCUCUCUGAGGCGGCCAUGUGCUAUGUGCAUGUGGCAGCACUGGUAGCAGAAUACCUAGAGAGAAAAGGCAUGUUCAAACAGGGUUGUUCAGCUUUCCGUGUUGUGACUCCAAAUAUCGACGAAGAAGCAGCAAUGAUGGAAGAUGUCGGGAUGCAGGACGUCCACUUCAAUGAGGACGUUCUGAUGGAGCUGUUGGAGGAGUGCGCAGACGGACUGUGGAAAGCAGAGCGCUACGAACUUAUUUCUGAUAUCUACAAACUUAUAAUCCCCAUUUAUGAGAAGCGCAGGGACUUUGAGAAACUCGCCCAUCUGUACGACACACUCCAUCGGGCCUACAGCAAAGUCACAGAGGUCAUGCACACUGGAAAGAGACUAUUGGGAACCUAUUUCAGAGUGGCCUUUUUUGGUCAGCAUUACCAGUUUACUGAUUCAGAUGUGGAGGGCUUUUUUGAGGAUGAAGACGGCAAGGAAUACAUCUACAAAGAACCCAAAUUCACCCCUCUUGCUGAAAUAUCCCAACGACUGCUGAAGCUGUAUUCUGACAAGUUUGGACCAGAGAAUGUAAAGAUGAUUCAGGAUUCUGGCCGGAUUAACCCCAAAGACCUGGACUCCAAAUACGCGUACAUCCAGGUGACGCAUGUGACGCCGUUCUUGGACGAGAAGGAGGUGGGCGACAGGAAGACGGAGUUUGAAAAGAGCCACAACAUUCGCAGAUUUGUUUUCGAGAUGCCGUUCACCGUCUCGGGCAAACGUCAGGGCGGCGUGGAGGAGCAGUGCAAACGCAGGACCAUACUGACCACCACGCACUGCUUCCCGUACGUAAAGAAGCGCAUCGCCAUCAUGUACCAGCACCACACAGACCUGAGCCCCAUCGAAGUGGCCAUAGACGAGAUGAGUAAGAAGGUGGCUGAGAUCAAGCAGCUGUGCUCCUCCAGUGACGUGGACAUGAUCCGCUUACAGCUCAAGCUCCAGGGCAGCAUCAGUGUCCAGGUGAACGCCGGGCCGCUGGCAUAUGCACGAGCUUUUCUGGAUGACUCCUGUGCCAAGAAAUAUCCAGAUAAUAAAGUCAAGCAGCUCAAAGAGGUCUUCAGGCACUUUGUGGAGGCGUGCGGACAGGGUUUGGGAAUCAACGAGCGACUGAUCAAAGAGGACCAGCAGGAGUACCACGACGAGAUGAAGGCCAACUACAGAGACCUGGCUCGAGAGCUGUCAAUCAUCAUGCACGAGCAAAUCAGUCCAGUGGAAGAUGGCAUGAAGAGCGUUCUGCCUGACUCUCUGCACAUUUUCAACGCCAUCAGUGGGACCCCGACCAGCGCCACCAUCCAGGGCAUCCCCAGCUCCUCCUCCGUGGUGUGA